UGAGGUUUUCACUGGUGUUUUUGUAGCGAGAAAGGCAGUUUGCCGCAGCUUGCCUCUCAGUUGCCCGCCAGCCGCAGCUCCGAGCCCAGCUAUUUGCAGCCUCUGGUGCAUUCUUCUUCUGGGCCUCGCGCCCAACGAGGUGAAAACUUUAUGAAACGAGUGAUGCUUUGGGCUGGCCCGAGCCAUAUCUCCCCGUGUUCUUUAUCUUCCCGGGCAUACGGCAGCCGCCACUGAGAGAGAGAGAGAGCGAGAGAAAGAGAGAGAGGAUGGUGAUAUUGAAUUCGGUCCUCGUCGUUCCCGCGAGAAGCUUCUGCUCCCCAUCAUCUCCUUCAUCCUGUUCUACCGUUCCGGGUUAUCUGUCUCAAUAUUUCAUGAAAAAUGCUCUCCUUGUUGCAGGAAAUGCUCGCUUUCCCCAACUACGGGGCAUAUCACCUCGGAGCACAACUUUUGCAAGAUACAAAUCGAAAAGAAGUAAAAGAACUGAAGAGUUAAGUAGACGUGAGAAUUCAAAAAGUGAUGGGGCUGAGUUCACAACUUUACCAAGCACCAUUUCUCAGAAUAAUAUUUCCGAUAGUGAUGGUGAUGGAGCUGGUAACCAUUCUGUUCCAAGUUCUGCAAGAGAAACUGUACUACAGGCUUGCACGUUAACAUCCAUGGUCUUGGUUGCUCUUGGUUUGGCCAUUCGACAGGUAUCACAUAAUGCAGCUUCAGGUGGAUGGGAAAUUCCUGAUUGCUCAGCUGAGGUAUCUUUCAGCUUUGACUGGGGGGAUCUGGAAUUGGUGAUAGGACUGGUUGUUUUGGUGUCAACAUGCCGUUUCUUUCUCUUGAAGUUGUGGCCAGAUUUUUCAGAUUCUAGUGAAGCUGCUAAUCAACAGGUACUUGGUUCUCUUGAAUUGUGGGAUUAUGCUGUUGUUGCUAUCUUGCCUGGAGUAAGUGAGGAGCUUUUGUUUCGUGGUGCUUUACUCCCUCUAUUUGGCCUAAACUGGAAGAGUGCUUUGGCGGUGGGUGCCCUUUUUGGUGUUUUACACCUGGGUAAUGGCAGAAGAUCUUCCUUUGCAAUCUGGGCUACAUUUGUUGGAUUGGUGUAUGGAAUGGCGACUGUCUUCUCAUCAAGUGUUCUUGUUCCAAUGGCAUCUCAUUCCCUGAAUAAUCUUAUUGGAGGAAUUUUGUGGCGUUAUGGUUCAACAUAUAGGAAAGAUCUAUGAUAUCAGUGAUACAUCAUCAAGUGGAGCAAAUGGCAAAAGCUAUUUAAAAUUUGUUAAUUCUCCUUAAGCUGGAUGAGCUUAUCUAUUUGGAAUCACGAAGACAUAUACAUAGGAGAUUAAGGAAUGCCAAAUUUGUUUCUGUUUCUUAUUAUACGUCAAUCUUCAGACACGAUUUGUUACUGAAGGUUCACAUGAUUCAUGCUUUCCUGGAAAGAAGAUUUUGUUUUGAAGUUGAA